AUGGUUCUUACACCGAAACGUAAACAUAAAACUUUAACUAUAGCUGAAAAGUGUGCCAUACUGGAUAGUUUGAAAGAUGGAGUGUCUGGAACUUCUCUUGCCCUUAAGUAUGGUGUUGGAAAAUCGACAAUUACUGAUUUAAGGAAAAAAGAACAGAAAAUACGGUCGUUUGUAGCUCAAACCGAGAAAGGUCCAGGUUUAAGAAAAACGCUAAAAUUGCCAGAAAAUCCAGUGCUCGAAGAAGCACUUUUCACUUGGUUUUUAGAGCAAAGACGAAGACACGUUCCUUUAUCAGGCGAAAUCGUAAUGCAUAAAGCCAGAUUCUUUCAUAAAAAACUAACAGGGUCUGAUUUCAGUGCAAGUAGAGGGUGGCUGGAUAAUUUCAAAAAGCGUCAUGGCAUACGGCAGCUGAAAGUGUCAGGUGAGAAAGUCUCUAGUAAUGCGGAGGCUGUUCAACCAUUCCAAGAAAAGUUUUUGAAAGAGAUAAGAGAAAAAGACCUUUGUCCUGAACAAAUCUACAAUGCAGACGAAUCAGGAUUGUUUUGGAAGGUUCUGCCAGAUAAAACUUUAGCCUCUUCUGCUGAAACUAGUGCUUCUGGAUCCAAGGUAUCUAAAGAAAGAAUCACUUUUAUGCCUUGUGCAAACUCGAUAGGGAAUCAUAAAUUACAGUUACUAGUCGUAGGGAAGGCCAAAAAGCCAAGAUCUUUUGGAUCCGUAAAAUUACCGGUGCAUUAUCAAGGACAAAGGCGUGCUUGGGUAACUAGAGAUAUUUUCCUGGAGUGGUUCAGAGAACAUUUCGUUCCAGAAGUCAAACGUCAUUUGAAGAAAUUACGUCUACCACAAAGAGCAUUAUUGCUCCUAGAUAAUGCGCCCGGACAUCCAGAUGCUGAAGAUCUGACUACAGAAGAUGGCAAUUUUUCCGUACUGUACAUGCCACCAAACUGCACACCCUUGAUUCAGCCUAUGGAUCAAAACGUAAUUCAAAAUGUCAAGAUUAAUUACAAGAAGAAACUGCUGAUUCAAGUUUUUGCGCAACAAGAAGAUGAUGAAAGUUUAACACUACAUGAUGUUAUUAAAAGCAUCACAAUUAAAGACGCAAUUUUUUCACUAGCGCAAUGUUGGGAUCACGUGUCGUCGUCUCUCAUCAAAAAAUCUUGGAAGCUUCUAUGGCCUGACCAAUUCAAUGAAGCAGAAAAUGGAUAA